AUGACAGACUAUGCAGGGGAGCAGGAGAUGGAGCUGGAGGCGCUCGAGGCCAUCCUAAUGGAUGACCUGUCAGAGUACGAGGGCAUGCUGCCGCCAGGCUGGACAACCCACGGGCAGACGUACAAGGUCCAUAUUCGGCCAACUGAGGAGAUGGAUGGCGACGACGGCGGCGCUGGCGAUGACGAGCUAGAGCUGGAGCUUCUCUUUGCGCACACGCCGCAGUACCCGGACGAGGCGCCCUGCCUCAAGCCCCGCAGCGUCAGAGGCCUCAGCGACGCCGACAUCCGCGCUCUCCAGUCAACCUUGGACGCCGUCGUCCAAGAGAACCUCGGCAUGGCGAUGAUCUACAACCUCGUGACCACGAGCCAGGAGUGGCUCGCGCAGCGGCUGCGGCAGGCGGCGGGGCCGGACCCGGAGGCGGAGCGGAAGCGGGCGGACGCGGAGGAGGAGGCGCGGCACGCGGCGAUGCGGGCGCACGGCCACCAAGUCACGGUGGAGACCUUCCUAGCCUGGAAGAAGAAAUUCGACGCAGAGAUGGCCGCCCAAAAGGCGGCCGUGGCGGCGGCGGACGGCGGCGGCAAGGGCGGCGGCGGUGGGGCCAUGGGCGGCGGCGGGGAGGCGCGUAUCACGGGCAAGGCUUGGUUCCUGCGGCAGGCGGCGGCGGGCGAGGCGCUGUCUGGCAGCGAGGAGGAGGACGGCGAGGAGAGCGCCGACUUCGAUGCCGGGGCGGGGGCGCAGAGCAGAAGCGCUGACGACGACGAGGACGACGAUGAGGACUACGAUUUUGAGGAUGACGAGGAUGAGGAUGACGAGGACAUGCUGGAGCAGCUGCUCGCUGAGAAGGCGGCCGGGAAGUGA